AUGCCUCAGAUCAUUGGAGCCCUUGUGCUCGCGGUUGGGAUUUAUGCAGAAGUGGAAAGACAGAAGUACAAAACUCUGGAAAGUGCCUUUCUAGCCCCAGCAAUUAUUUUGAUACUUUUGGGCAUUAUAAUGUUCCUCGUGUCUUUCGUGGGUGUACUGGCUUCUUUGAGAGACAAUUUAUGCCUUCUUCAAGCAUUCAUGUACAUUCUUGGGAUCUGCUUGCUGAUCGAGCUGACUGGUGGAGUGGUGGCCCUGAUCUUCAGGAACCAGACAAUCAACUUUUUGAAUGAUAAUAUUAGAAGAGGAAUUGAGAAUUACUACGAUGAUUUAGAUUUCAAGAACAUCAUGGAUUCUGUUCAAAAGCAGUUUAAGUGCUGCGGUGGGGAAGAUUACAGAGAUUGGUCACAAAAUGCGUACCACAACUGUGCGGCUCCGGGACCGCUGGCCUGUGGCGUGCCCUACACUUGCUGCGUCACAAAUAAAGUAAGUCCUGGAGAAAUAAUGAAUCUGAUGUGUUGGUUCUGGUGUGCCUUGCCAUCCUAG